GUCUAUCAUCUUCUUCCGAUGCUUGUCAUAAUGAUAAAACCCUAAUCAGAAGCAGCUUCAGCGUCGACCUUAUUCAUCGAGACUCAGUUUUCUCACCAUUUUACAACUCUUCUCUGUCACGUUCACAGAUCAUAAUGAAAGCAGCGAGGCGAUCGGUUUCUCGAAUCAAACACUUUCGCGAUCGGACUGGUGGUGGUGGUAAUGGAGCUGUGAUAACUCCGAACAGAGGAGAUUAUCUGAUGAAGAUGUUCAUGGGGACGCCAUUGGUGGAGCUUCAUGCAGCAGCAGACACAGGAAGCGACCUCGUUUGGGUUCCGUGCUUGCCUUGUGGAGGUUGUGAUCCCCAGAACGCGUUUGAUCCUGCAAAAUCUUCCACUUUCAUGGUGCUGACUUGUGAUUCCCAGCCCUGUGCCUCCUUACCCAGACAUUCCUGCGGAAAUUCAAAUCAGUGCAGGUACUUCUAUAAAUAUGGAGACCAAUCAUUCUCUACAGGAGACUUAGCCACAGACACAAUCAACUUCGGCAACGCUGUUUCGUCUCCUUCAACUGUGAUUGGAUGUGGACACGACAAUCAGUUCGAAGACAACACAGGAAUCGCAGGUCUAGGUGGCGGUCCUCUCUCUCUUAUUUCCCAACUCGGCGAUCAAAUCCGCCAUAAAUUCUCCUACUGUCUCCUCCCUUUCUCCUCCAACACCAACAGCAAACUCAAGUUCGGCGACGAAGCAACGACCUCUUCAUCCCCAAACAACGAUGACGCCAUCGUCUCCACUCCUCUGUUCACCAAAACCCGACAACCUUUUACUAUGUCAAUCUCGAAGUGUCACCGUUGGGCACAAGACUGUUCAGACAGUGAGCUUAGAGACGCAGUGAGAGAAGCCGUUGGGGUUGAACCGGUGACGAAACCACCUGAUCCGUUGGACUUGUGUUUCCGAUAUGAGUCUGAGAUGAGGAGAAGUGACAGUAUUUCGAUUCUGGGAAAUAUUGCUCAGAUCAAUUUUCAGGUGGCAUUUGAUCUUGCAGAACAGAAA